AUGGCGACCGAGAAGGAUGGCUCGUUCAAGCGCGCCGACGCCGCGUUCCGGAACUGGAUAGAGAAGGGAGGGAAGUUCGAGCCUAAGAAAGGUCGCUACCACCUCUACGUUUCUUACGCGUGCCCGUGGGCAACGCGUACCCUGAUCACCCGUAAACUAAAGGGCCUUGAAGACUUCAUCGGCGUGGAUGUCGUCUCCCCCCACAUGGGUUCUGACGGAUGGCCGUUCGCAAACGCGGACGAAUACCCAGGGGCGACGAAAGACAGCCUGCACGGGAAUGAAGUAAGGCACGUCAAGGAUCUAUACUUCAAGGUGAAACCCAACUACGAAGGCCGGUUCACAGUGCCGGUGUUGUGGGACAAGGAAUUGCACACGAUCGUGAGCAACGAAAGCUCAGAGAUCAUCCGAAUGCUCAACUCGGAGUUCAACGAGCUGCUCCCGAAGGACAAGGCUGCCGUCGACCUGUACCCAGAGGCUCACCGCAAGGAGAUCGACGAGAUCAACAGCUGGGUGUACGAUACUGUGAAUAAUGGCGUGUACAAGUCUGGAUUCGCAGCCACGCAGGAAGCAUACGAGAAGGCUGUCCUACCGCUCUUUGAAUCCCUUGACCGGCUAGAGAAGAUGCUUGAGGGCAAGGACUAUCUCGUCGGAAACCAGCUCAGCGAGGCGGAUGUUAGGCUCUGGGUCACGAUCAUCCGAUUCGACCCCGUGUACUUCGCGCACUUCAAGUGCAACAUUCGGGAUAUCCGGCACGGCUACCCGAACCUGAACAGGUGGAUGAAGAACCUGUACUACCAUAACGCCGCCUUCAAGGACAGCACCAACUUCGACCACAUCAAGACGCAUUACUACUGGUCGCAGAUCAAGGUGAACCCCACGCGUAUUGUACCUGUCGGUCCGUCCGAGGACAUCGAGCCCUUGUGA